GGAAGUGGCGGAUGAGUUUCGUCCACACCUUUUCCGGUUUUUCAUUCGGCGCUUGAGAGGCGGCUGCCUGCUGGGGCGGACAUAGGACCAAAGCCUAUUAUAGAAUGAGGGACGGCGGGAGGAAUUCACACACAGGAGGUUUGAAAUCGAUGCACAUCGACUUAGGGCGGCCCCGAUGACAGAUGUUGUGGCAGGAAAAAAUUAAAGCUUCUCCGACGGGCCUUUGAAAUCUUCCCCAAGCCCUAGCUGAGAGGACAGAAAAAAGAAGCCGUGAGCCGCCGCGCGUUCACACGCUAAGAGGAAGUGGAAGAAGCAGAGCGAAGGCUGCUCGAGGCCUCAGCCGGAUUUCCGACAGCUCCCAUAUGCCUUUUCUCAGACUGCUUUAACGUCUUAAUUGUCCUAAAGGCGAGGAUUACUGUGUGUUUCAGCUAUCGCAGGUGUCGCAACAGAAGACGGUUCAUUGCCAGUUUAAAAACUGUGGUGCUUCACUUUAUCCAAGGAGACCAUAUAACAUCAGAAGCACACCUUACUGCUGCUAGCUGUGAUCAUUAUGAGUCGUGUGACAGAUUUACGUCCUUUUGUUCACUAGUUCACAUCCUGCUUCUGAAUUGCCAUUUCUAUGGUUUCAGACUGAAGUUUCUUUUAACUUUGCUGCCUUUAUAAACUGCUCCUCUGGGAGUUGACUCAUAGUUCAUGUUGAUUGACCAGCUGGCAUACUUCCAAAGUAACUGGUUCUACUUGGCAAAGUAUACCCAGCAACAAUUCUAUUACACUUUCAGGUAACAUUGCCUGUUGAACAUAUUUUUUUGGUUAGGGUGAAGGAUAUUUAUGAACUAUUUAAAAGAUGGGGAAGAUGCUGUCAAAGAUAUUCGGUAACAAGGAGAUGAGGAUAUUGAUGUUGGGCCUGGAUGCAGCAGGCAAAACCACUAUCCUUUACAAACUGAAACUGGGCCAGUCGGUGACCACGAUUCCUACGGUGGGCUUCAACGUGGAGACGGUGACCUACAAGAAUGUCAAGUUCAACGUGUGGGAUGUCGGAGGCCAGGACAAGAUCCGCCCACUGUGGCGCCACUACUAUACAGGCACGCAAGGCUUAAUCUUCGUGGUGGAUUGCGCAGAUAGGGAUCGCAUCGAUGAGGCCCGACAGGAGCUGCACCGCAUCAUCAAUGACCGCGAGAUGCGGGACGCCAUUAUCCUGAUUUUCGCCAACAAACAGGAUCUGCCUGAUGCCAUGAAGCCACAUGAGAUCCAAGAAAAGCUUGGACUCACACGCAUCAGAGACCGCAACUGGUAUGUGCAGCCUUCGUGCGCCACCACAGGUGAUGGACUGUAUGAAGGCUUGACGUGGCUCACCUCUAAUUACAAAUCUUAAUGACCGCUUGCUUUGGCCUGGACUAUUUUAGUUACGAAGGGGGAAAAAAAUCCAAGGAAUAAACUUAACAGUUAUUUCAGUAUGCUCAAAGUUUGAAUUAUAUUUUCAUUUAUUUUUUUGAUUCUUGAAGUGACCCCUUAAUUAAUAAUUUAUAGCUUUGAAUGAGAUUCAGUUUGCUUGCUUUGUAGCUUUCUCUGUUUUGUGGCCUGUGGGUCAUCUCCCUUAAUUAACUGUUGCUUAAAGAGUUUGAUUUUUUUUUCCCCUAAUGCAGAUUCUAUAAUUUUUUUUCUAAAUGAUGUAGGGUUUUCUAUCUCUGAUUCAUUCUUUUUGAUUUAAUUUUUGGUUAAAGCUUGUUCUUUUGGACCCCUUCUGUCUGUUGUCUGUGUUUUUGGAGUCUGUGUGGGGGGAAAAAAUUAAGGUCUGUCUCCUGCAAAUAGUCCAUGGAUGUCGUGUAAUAAGACACCUUUAUUAAUAAGCAAGACGGUUCAGACCAACUAUAGGACAGUUUUACUGACAACGUUGUAACAAACUUAAUAGCUGAUUGUGUGAGCAGUUAAACCCUACCAUUGUCACUGGCAUCACAAGUGUAAAUGACCCCAUGGAACACUUAUUAUAUGCAACUCUAUAAUAUUUACUCUGGAAGGAGCACAUGACGUUCAUAAACUGGUUUAAAAAUUGUAUGUGUCAGUCACAUGGUUCAAAACCCUGAGGUUUGAACCCUGGGGUUUCUUUAUCAUGUAGCCCAAAGGUCAAGUAAAGCAGCUGAAUACUUUUUUGUAAUACAUCAAAUCCUUUUUGUACCACGUAGGCUACUUGCAGUCUACCAGAAUGUCACUUGAAGUCGUACAUCUUCAGACUGUCGGAUUGUUACCUUAUUGCAUUUUCCACCAUAGUGCUUGCAUCAGAGUGAACUGAACUUGCCAUAUAAAUGGGGAAUCUUUCACAUGACUCAUUUUCUCUCAUUGCUUUACUUCAUUGUACAGAGACUAAUUGUAACUGUAACAUCCAAUUAAACUUAGACAUUUUAAAGAUUUUA